AUGAAAGCUUGGCACAUUGUCACCGGAACAGAAGCAGAUUGCCUCGGAAACAGCAUCAACAUGAAUGUUUCAGUAAAGCCAAUCAACAGCUGGUCAAGAGGAAUCCGCUGGUCGUCGUCUUUCGGUGGAAUCGACCCUCGAAUUCUUUCACCAACCACUCGUUUUAUCCGAAACAAGGAAGAACUGAGUCAACCAAAACGUCUUAUUAAGACCAAACGGUUGAAGAACAGCAUAAAUAAGCCGUCGUCUUCUGAUUAG